AUUUUUGUAAAUGGUUGGGAACAUUUUCUGUACAAAAAUCUCAAUAAAACUACAAACAGUUUGUGUUUCUUUACGAACCAUCUUCUUUGGUGCACAGUUCAGCUGAUGCAAGUUGCAUGAAAGGAAUCUAGGAUUUCUUGUUCUCAUACUGUAGUUACUCCUGAUUUGACGAUGACGGACUUUCAGUCAGAUGGGGAGGGAAGUCGAAUCCCUUUGGAGUUAUAUAAGAAGCUGGCAGCACAAGGAAAUCAAGUCAGAGUCCUUAAAACUGAAAAGGCUGAUAAGGCUGACGUGGAAGCUGCUGUCCAGCUAUUGCUGAAACUGAAGAUGGAGUAUAAAGCAGUAACGGGGGAGGAUUACAAGCCUGGAUGUCCCCCCAGUGACAACUCUGUCCUGCAAGAAGACCCACCUUCAGCAAAUAAUGAAGAGGACUUUGUGGACCCCUGGACUGUGUCGUCGAGCAGUGCCUCAGGCGUGGAUUAUGACAAGCUGAUUGUACGUUUUGGCAGCAGUAAAAUUGACCAAGAGCUGGUGGACAGAAUAGAGAAGGCGAUAGAGCAGAAGGCUCACCGCUUCCUGCGACGAGGAAUCUUCUUCUCACACAGGGAUAUGCACCAGGUCCUAGAUGCCUAUGAGAACAAGAAGUCCUUCUACCUGUAUACGGGACGGGGGCCCUCCUCAGAAGCCAUGCACUUGGGGCACCUCAUCCCCUUCAUCUUUACAAAGUGGCUGCAGGAUGUCUUUGACGUGCCGCUGGUCAUCCAGCUGACGGAUGAUGAGAAAUACCUGUGGAAGGACCUGACUCUGGAGGAGUGCCACCAUUAUGCCGUAGAGAACGCCAAAGACAUCAUCGCCUGUGGUUUUGAUGUAAACAAGACCUUCAUCUUCUCUGACCUGGAUUACCUGGGAUCGAGCCCUGGCUUCUACAGUAACAUCGUGAAAAUCCAGAAGCAUGUGACUUUCAACCAGGUCAAGGGUAUCUUUGGGUUCACAGACAGUGACAGCAUUGGAAAGAUCAGUUUCCCGGCCAUUCAGGCGGCCCCCUCCUUCAGCACCUCCUUCCCCCAGAUCUUCAAGGGCAGGAAAGACGUGCACUGCCUGAUCCCCUGUGCCAUUGACCAGGACCCCUACUUCAGGAUGACCCGUGAUGUGGCCCCCCGCAUUGGCUUCCCCAAACCUGCCCUCCUGCACUCCACCUUUUUCCCUGCCCUGCAGGGUGCCCAGACUAAAAUGAGUGCCAGUGACCCCAACUCCUCUAUCUUCCUGACUGACAGUGCCAAGCAGAUCAAGGACAAGGUCAACAAGUAUGCUUUCUCAGGAGGCAAAGACACUAUUGAAGAGCACAGGAAGUAUGGUGGCGACCCUGACGUCGAUGUGUCCUUCAUGUACCUCACCUUCUUCCUGGAGGAUGAUGAUCAGCUGGAGAAGAUCCGACAGGACUACUCCAGCGGGGCUCUGCUGACAGGCGAGCUGAAGAAGUACCUGAUCGAAACCCUGCAGCCCUUGAUCUUGGCUCACCAAGAGAAGAGGAAGGAGGUCACGGAUGAGAUGGUCAAAGAAUUCAUGACCCCCCGGCCACUGGACUUCAGCUACUAGCUGAAGGGUUUUCAGUAGCAAACGCCUCUCCGGAGAGGGAGGCCGCUGGAACUUUGACGCUUGGGCACCACGCUGUUAUCGCAGCACACGAGCAGAAUGUCUACGCUGCGCGGUCUGCAUCAAUAAAUCACCCACUAAGAUGACCUUGAACCUUUUAGCUUCUCUCGCUCUUUACCUCGCUUCGUUUUUAUUUUGUGUUGUGACGAAGUCAGGCGGGAGGGUAGCAGAUGGUAAAUAUUUAAGGGGAUAUUUAGGAAGAAUUUUAGUGCCAGGAUUAAUCAGUGAGAGACGUGUGGGGUGGGGGGGAAUCUCAGCAAUAGUCAGUUUGUGUACAUUGUAUUGCACAAAAAGCAAAGUAGAAAAGGAAGGUGAGAUUGAAAAUACUGUCCACAGUGAACCAAUUCAUAUGUUUCAACAUAAUUUAUGUAGUUUUAUUAACAUUCCAUAAUUUACAUUUAAGUACAGCUUCUCCCCAGGUUACAGUGGGUUUACAGUAUGUUCCAAUAAACCUAUCGUAAGGCAACAAUAUCAAAGGAAAAAAUGCAUUUUAAUACACUACAACCUAACUAACAUCAUAGCCUAACCUAUAGCCCACCUUAAACAUACUUAGAACACUUACAUUAGCCUACAACUGGGCAAAUUCAUUAAUACAAAGCCUAUUUUAAAAUAAAGUGCUGAAUAUCGAUUUAUAGAAUAAUGUACUGAAAGUAAAAAACAUUUAUCCAUCGUAAAGUUGAAAUACAACACCAUCAUAACCUAGGGAUCAUCUGUAUAUUGAUAUUUUUACAAAUUCAUAAUUAAUACAUUUCAAUAGUUUUUUUCCCUUGUAAAAUUUGAACAUUUCUUUCUGCAUUAAAGGGAACGACGGUGAAGACGGUGGGCAGUGUAUGGAAAUGAACUGGCAUUAUUAUUUCUGUUAAUUUUACCGUAUGGGUACCUCAGGAAUGAUUGAAUUUAUAGGGUUUCAAACUAAUUAAUUCAAGUGUAACACUGGAUAGCGUCGUUCUUUUUUGGCUUAGCGUAUGUUUUAAAUGAUAAAUAUGUAAUGGAAAAACAAAAUCACUAUAUUAAAAAAUUGCCAUUAGAGA